UUGUUGUUUUGAUUUUUGAAAUAAUUAAAAAUUUCAUAAAUUUAUUUUUCAUUUUUGUUUUCCUAUAAAUAUCCUGCAUAUUGGUGAUAGGUAUUUCUUCAUACUUUAAAAACUUAUUUAACAGAUAACAUCAAAAAGAGUUGUAACAAUAUAUGUAUUUAUUUUUUAAUAAUAAUUUAUUCAUAAAAUAUGGUUCAAAAACAAACUAAAACUCUAAAAAUGAUGUAUAAAAAUCGUUUUAAAUACAUAGAUUGCCCAAGAAAUGCAAAGUACGAAGAAUGUAUUGAAAUUGCUCUUGACCGUUUUAAUAUUCCAGAAAAAAAUAAGAAAUUCAUUCAAAUCUCCAAUGAAUUUAACAACAUUUUUGAUGAACAAACUUUCGAAUACUACAACUUGCUGUUUCCAAAUCCGGAAAUAAUAUUUUUCAUCAAAAUCGAUUGUGAAGGUCUAAAGAACAAAAAACAAACAACAAAGAGGAAACCAUUAGGAGAAUUAAAUAUCAAAAGGAAACGAUGCAGUGUCAAUGGAGGACUUUCAGGACAGAUACAAAAUAAUUGUUCUGAGGAAAUUUAUGAAAUUGAAAGACAAAAUUCGGAUGAACCACCAACCAAGAAAUCUAAACUGUUUUUCGAUAAACCAAAGACAAGUUGGUGGAAUUUGUUUCUAAAUAAAUUAUUUGAUUAAUUAAUAAAAAAAUACUUCAUAACUUCA